CCGUGUUUCCAUCUUUCUGUUGUUUUUUCAAACCUUUUUUUUGUUCUGAAGGUUAUGGUGGCAUGGCCACAGCAAAUCCCUUCCAAUUGUCCGGUAGUAGUUCACUAGCAUCACCGACAACAACCAUCAGAUCGUGGCGGCAGCUACCUGGAUAAGCUUAGUUCUACAACACCGGUAUCAUCUCGUAAGAGGAAUACAGAGAAGAGUCCUGUGCCGACAAGCAGCUCCGUCAAGCCGCUAAAGGAAAAGAACGGUACGAAGGGCACAGGCAGUGGCAGUGGCAACAGCAGCACUGCUGGUACAGGCAAGCAAAAGCGCGUCCAGGCAUCUCUUCUCUCCUCCAUCUCUGGCAAACCGUCAGCUGGUACGACUACCUCAGUGGCACCUGUCCACUCAACGGGUACUACCGAGAUGGUGAUGGCGGCUAAGGGCAAGAAAGGACGGCCGAAAAAGUGCGUGAAGAAAGGCGAGGAGGCAGCGUUCACCGUGUGGUUCUCUGGUCAGGAAGACGGCUUGAAAGACGAGUUUCCUCAUAUGUCGGCCAGUGCUCUUCGUGAAGAAGCAGAACGACGCUGGGGUGCUUUGCCCGCUGAUGACAAAGAGAACCUGACGGCAGAAGCAAAGGCGGCUGCUAAGGCCAAGGCUGGUGCUGUGUUUGGCCGCAAGGCUCCCAGGACAUCCACAGCGAAUGGUGACCCAGGUCCUGCUGCUGCUGCAGUGUUAUCGUCGUCGCCAUCACCCUUGGUGACCGACAGUCUGGAAGACAACAUUGUAGAGAAUAGCCUGGACGCUACGCCACUUCUAGACUCGGUGAAUGCUGCUAAUGCCAGCGGUGACAACGUCUCCGCCGUCACCUCCAUCGGCCUCCUUGAUGACCGUACUUGUCUGUCACCGCCGGUCAAGCGGUCGCGUGGUGCACGCUUCAUAGACAGCGAUGAUGACGAGGUCGAUGAUGCUGUGGAGAAUGGCGGUAGUGCUGCUGCUGCUGCUGCCACAGAACAAGCUGCUCCGGCCGCCAAGCGAGCAAAGCUGCCGGAAGCGAGCACGGCCAACAUUGUAGCGCAGUCCACAAAGGCGUCUGCGCAGAAGCUUGCGAACUUCGCGUUCGCCAAGUAAUCCACGCCAGGAAUGUGCCCCACCGGCACUUUAUUAUCAUAACUAUUAAUUUGUAUUUGUAUCUCAGGCAUUGCAGGCAGGCCUCCUAGAAUUCCACCCCCGUUUGCCUAGCCCCCCCCCCCCCCCCCCCCCCCCCCGUAGUGUAGCUUAGGCACAUGAUAUCUACUGCGUAGUGGGUAGCGACGUUUGUGAAUGUCGUGUUUGCGUGCAGCUUCACCCACUGCCUUAUCUAUAGCUUUGGUGGAUUCGUUUUGGUCUUCGGCUUUUUCACCCGAAAAAAAUCGGGUGACCGUUUCCAUGCCAACCAGUACUGUUACUUCGAAGUACUCAUCUGUAGACAGAUGAAAUUAGAACGGUCUAGGCCACAAGGCUGCCCCCCCCCCCCCCCCCAUCCCCUCCCCGCCCAGUUCUUCCGUGACCACCAGAACUGUAUGUGUUGAUAACCUACUUCAAGUAAUUUUUACUCUCCUCUCUCUGCGUUCGACUUUCCUCUCUCGAAAUUUGUUUACACUUCUCCCCGCUCGUACGAUCGUCUUCAAGUUUUGUAGUCCAUUAUUAUUAUUUUUUGUUUUUAUCUUUUUACAAUUUCUUUGCUACAUUGAUACGUAUUAUUAGCGCUGUGUUUUCCCUGUAUACCACUGGCAAUCGCUUUCUCUGCUUGCUUUCUUGCUUUUACUCAUCAGUUGUAUUGGCCUUUGUUCCGUUCUUUGUUGUCUGCAGUUGCUAGCUUCAUCUGCCGACAGAUGCACACUUUGUUAGCUUUUUAAAUCAUGCUUACAGGUAUUCCCGCAA